GUCACCACCCACUGAAUCCCAGACGUCUUACGGAUCAUAAUUAACAAUUAAAUGUAAAAAAUAAGCACCGAUAACAGAACCAUUCCCCCGCAGGAGCCAGCGGGGAAGCCUCCUGAGGGAAGCCCGCCUGUGCGUCGCUCUAACCCGGCUGCGGUGUCCGAGGCGCCCUGAACGAGGACUUGUUGAGAAGAUGGUGAAGCGGGUGGAGGUGAAGAUGUCUGGUGGAUGCUGAGGAGCAGCAGCAGCAGCAUCAUCAUCAUCAUCCUCAUCCCAUCCAUCCCUCCUCCCACAGCAAACAAACGAGUCAACAUGGCGGCGGUGCAGCUCGCCCUGUAGCGCCUCGGAGACUCCGGAUCAAACCCGCACAGAUUAAAUGGCGUUCAUGUCCCGGUUCUCCCGGUCCCGGAGCAGCUCCAGGUCUCCGAACCGAAAGGACUCCGAGCGCGCCUCCCCGAACCUGAGCGUGUCGGAGCUGGAGCGGCUCCUGUGCACCGGGAAGACCGCCUGCAACCACGCAGACGAAGUGUGGCCGAGACUCUACAUCGGAGACCAAGAUAUUGCGUCAGACCGCCGCGAGCUGGCCAAACUCGGCAUUACACACAUCCUGAACUGCGCCCAGAGCAAGUGGCGCGGUGGAGCCGAGCAUUACGCCGGGAUGAACAUCACCUAUCACGGCAUCGAGGCUCACGACUCGCCCACCUUCGACAUGAGCGUCAACUUCUACCCUGCAGCCGAGUUCAUCCACAAAGCGCUCACAGGUGGAGGUAAGGUGCUGGUCCACUGCACUGUGGGGGUGAGCCGCUCUGCCACCCUGGUCCUGGCCUACCUGAUGAUCAGACAGAACCUGACGCUGGUGGAGGCCAUCAAAACGGUGAAGGACCACCGAGGCGUCAUCCCCAACCGAGGUUUCCUCCGCCAGCUCAACGGCCUGGACGGCAUCCUGAGAGAAAGCCGCAAGACGUCACCGCAGAGCUGAAAACGCCCCCCCCGCCCUCAACAAACACCCAACCACAGGUAGCAGCUACACCGAGGGAGGUAAUGGGACCAAGUUAGGAGCAACCUGUGGGUGUCUGACACUGUGGCGUUGUAGCAGCAGGUGAUACACACAGUCGGAUAUCUUCACACUCACUUGUUUGCUGUUUAUUUGUUAUUUAUUUAUUUCAUAUUGUUGUUUAUUUGUGUUUGAGGAGAGCACUGGACUGUAAGACUCUCCAGUGAAGCUCAUAUCCUUCUAUAAGGAUGAGGACCUGCUCAUAUAUUUAACGUCAGAUGAAACUUUCAGUGUAGUCUCGAAGGGAUUUACAAUCAAUUACCCCUUUUAUCCUUAAAGCACGGUCACACCACAAUUUAAAACAACUGAAGUUUGUGGCAAAACAAAUACUUUUACUUCGAACUAAACCCUAAAACUCUAAAAACUUUUGACCAACUCCAAAGGAAGCUAUCGGAGCUUUAACUGCAGCAUUUUAUUGAACCUCCCGUAUCUAAAGUGUAAACUGCUGCACAGAAGAGAGGGUGUGACCGGCCAGAGACCCUCAACACGGAUAAGGAAAAACUAAUAACAACAAUAUAUAACAAUAACACAAGAAUAUAAACUUAUAGCUUUGUUGAAAAUGGUUCCUCAUCCGAAUGAUCACAAGAUGAUGGAAGAAACUAAUUAUGUGAAUUAUUAUUAUGACAAUUUUAAAUCUUUGCUUUUUUUCUACUGAAUACUGAAGAGUUUUACUUCUUCAGACCUCUUAAUGUGGACAUCACAGCGGUCUAAUCACGUCUGCCUCUCUACUGUCAAAAUAAGGUCAGACGGACUGAAAUAUAAUUAAAAUCAGAACAAUCACAGACGUUUUCUGGUCAAAGGUGACUAUGAGCAGUCAAUACAUUGCUUAUAAAGGUUCAACAAACAGGUUGGGAACCACUGGUUUAGAAGGUCUUUGCUUAUUGAAAACCAUGUAAGAGUAAAGUACACUCUUUCCACUUUUUAAUCAAACUUCAGAGCAUUCCAGAAGACUUGAACCAGAUGUUUUAUUGCCACAGCACCUACAGAAAAGCUUUCUGGACAGAAUCAGUGGUCGGUAACACGCCGCAGGAAUAUCUAAUCUCUGCUGCACUUCCUCCUGUUUUAGUGUUAAUAACAUAUAUAAUGUGUGAUUACUGUACACAGAGGAAGACGAGUCAACAGACGAAUUAAAAUGAGCUGAAUUAUACCUGAAGUACAGGAAAUAAAGUCUCACUGGUCGAUUUCAGAACCAGAAAAUCCUGCAAAACAUCUCAUUAACGAUGUUUCAGUCCUCAGACCUUCAGCAGCUUUUUAUCUUUUAUUUUUGCUCCUAAAAAAUGCUCAAACUUAUCAUCAAUGAAAGACAGAAUUUAGUUUCAGUAAAGAUUGAAAUAAGAAAAGUAUUUAGAGUUUUAAGGCUUAUUGUUUACAUUAAUAUUAGUUUGAAUUUGUUUUAUUUAGUAUUAUAUCAAAAGGUAUCAGGUGAUUAAAGGGUUAAAGCAUUAUAAUGGAACAUUAACAUUAUUAUUAAAAGCACGAUGAAGAAUUUAAUCAUGGUUUGUGAUUGAUCGACUACAUUCAUUUAUAUAAAUUAAGAAAAUAACAUUUAAAUCAGACUUUUUUUAGCUCCAGAGGGACUUUGACUGUACGGUUAAUGAUCCAGAUGAACACUUUUGUAUUCCACUUUAGACAUUUUGCUUAACACCGGCGCAAUUUCCCCUGAAAUAUCUGAUUUACACGCCAUAAAACAACAAUAAGAUGACGUUAAAGUCCCUUCUUCUUGCUCUUUUAACCACACAGUCCAAACCCACAACACUCAACAAACACACACCUCCAAACAUCCUCCAUCGUGUUCCGAAAACACCCGUUGUGCCCCGUUUCUGCCACACAGGUAACAUAUAUUUUAUCUGAUGAAGGUCUGAGGAUUAAAAUAAAGUGUGUGGGAUUUUUUGGUUCUUUCACAGUUCGAGUUUAUGAUCUGAUGCUGCGAGACUGCGAGAACUUUGUGGUGAGUGUUCACAAGAUUUUAGGACCAAUUAGCUGGUUAAAAUGGAGAUAACCGCUAACAGUACUGCCGCUGUCCCCUUUGGCAACUAGUAUGUGAGAGCUGAUAUUAUCUGCAGUGUUCCUAUCAGCCCGCUUGGACCCGAGCUCUGAGCAUAUUCAGUCUUUUUGUAAUCAGAACUGAGGUUCAAUCUGUGAUCGCAGCCCUCAGAUUGAAGAUUCUUGCUCAGUGAUUCCUCCCCACAGUUUAAGUCCUCAGUGAUUCUUCCCUCGACUUACUUUUUUACAUUCAGCAAGUGUCAUUAAGUGCUCUGAACAACUCACACACUAGUUGUAGCCCAGGUCUAAACCAGCACAGCUAUGUAGCCUGUUGACUAUAGUAUUACAGUGUUGUCACAGUCUGUACGCAAUUAUUACCUGUGAGGAGUUUGUGAAUAGAAACAUACAGUAAAAUAUGAUUUUUUUAAAUUAGUUCAAUGUAUUGUUUCCGUCCAGUGUAUUUCAAAUAAUCUCAGUCCUGAACUUUUCUAUGAUAUAUCUUGUGUGUGAUCAUCUGAAACUCAUCCAGUAUAUUUAAGCCCAUUCGGACGGGAUUAACGUCGCAGGUGGAGGUGAGGAAUGAAAUAUUCACUGUGCUUCUCCGUCAUUUAACCCAUCGCUCCAUCGGGACAUUACAGGAUACGAUCUGUAGACGCGGACAUUGAGCCAGGAGAAAAAGUCCAAUAAUGUGUUUAUAAAUUACAGAGGAAAAGACGCUGCAGAACUCGCCCGAGAAUCAUCCCGUUUUUAAGUUUAUUCAGUAUUAAAGAAAUCCAGUGAUAGUUGUCUGUACGUCAGUGUGUGCGAUGCAAACAGGAGCUAAUAGCUAAUUCUGCACACUUUUAAUGGGGCAGUUUGUCAAAGGAGAGAGGUUAGCUGACAUUACAACAGCACGUCAUGACUUCUUUUAGUCUUGCUAUCCUGAUGCUCAGUUUAUCAUCGUAUUGUUUUCCAAAUAUACCUUUAGGUUGAGCAUGUUUCCAUCUAUCAGAUACGAAAAUAGGUUUAGGAAAAAGCCUUUCACAAAAAAAGUUUGAGUUUAGGACAAGUAGGACAAACUCAGAUCCACUUUACAGGACAAGGACCUCGCUUUGGACAGGAUUUAAAUUACAGGAGGGGCACGAGUUCACAGAACAACUGUAGGUGAAACCAUCUCCCCUAGAGAAACAGAUCCAGUCCAAACGGUGCUAGCAUCCUAAGUGAACAAGGCUAUUAAACGACUUCCAGUCCGGUGUAAACUUUACAGUCACUGUUUAGAGUAGUGAUAAUUUAAUAUGCCAGCACAAGAAGCAUUUAGAGUAGACAAGCAGUGGGAGACGAUACCGCAAAUGUGCCAUUGCAAAAGCUACCAACUGCCCGGGCGACAGGAGAGCGCACGCCGCUCGGUGGCGCGCACAAGUGUUCAGCAAAAGUCUGCUCUCUUGUCUUGGUGUUAAAAGUGAGGCUCGUGUUCUCAUGUUCAUGGAAAAAAAACAACAGAAGAUCAAAUGCUGAAAUUUAAAACCAACUUUUCAAGUUCCCUCGUGUGAGUUAUUAAUGAUUACCUCAAGUAUCAAACAUGACUUUUUUUUUAUUUUAUUGUGGUCCAGUGCUGUUUUAAUGCCACAGUGAGGACGUAUUGAUAAUGAUUCAUACAUGCUCUGGAGAUUUAAAGGUUUAGUUUGUAUGGAAGCCCAUUAGGACCAGUGUGACAGAAAAAAAUGAUUCUGUAAUUAAUUAUAAUGAGAAAGUUUAUCAAAAUAAUGACUUUGAGAUACUAAGUCAGUAUUUUGAUAAUGUUUCUCAUUAUUUUGACUUACACAAUCUUUUUUUAGUUCAUAUUGGCAGAAAUGGGCUUCCAUACGUUCUCUCUCCUGACGAGAAGAUCGAUACCACUCUCAUGUCUCUGCAUGAAGUAAUGGAGCUGAGUCAGGAGGCACUUAACUUAGCUUAGCACACAGCGAGCCAAGUCCUGUCCAGAGUGCAGAAAUACAUCAACACAACAUCUCUAAAUCUUACAAAGGAGUCAGGAAGCAGCUUGGUUUCCUCGUUUCAAAACAAAAAUUGGCUGCAAACUAACUAACUCACUAGGGUGGUAUCGAUGUUCUCAUCUAACUCUCCCCAAGAAAGUAUUUCCCAAAAUGUUGAGUUUAAGGGACAGUUUGUUACCAUUGUGUGUUAAAUUAAUACCCACUUGUAUCACAGCUGGCUACUUGGGGACCAAUAGAUGACCCAAGGGGCCACACCAGACCCUUGAAUCCCAGACGCCUAAAGGAUAUUUUCAUGAAAUCCUGGAUAUUUUAAAGAUUGGCACUUUUUUUGUAUAAUAUUUGGGUUGAAUUGUGAAGCCAUGAAGUUUCUCCCAAAGUCCAGAAUCAACCCGUCAAAGCUCCUCUUUGUUACAUUGUGCGUCAGGUAAACGUAACUUUGCUACGACUCUGUUAAAUACAACGAUGUCCUGGUGCAGCAGAAUCUGCCUUUUUCUUAGAAGCUUUCCUCUCAACCCACUCAGAGGAAACACUUUUAAAACAGGGAACUAUCCCUGGAUACUUCCUGGACCGGCCUCUCCAACCAUUACGAUCUUUACCUUUGCUGUAUUGGAUCUGUAUGUUUUGUAUUUGUGGUUUUACUGUGCCGUGAUUGGUCGUUAGUCUCGAUUCCUCUUUCUAUUCUCGUACUAUCUUUGUUUUCUUACGGAGACCUUUCUAUAGGGAAACUUGAAUUCUUUUGGAUUUAUUUUUGUAUCACUCUCUUUGAGGUUCACUGAAGGAGAAACUGGCAAAGGAGAUGUUGAUGCCUUAAUCUGUGUACUUCAACUUGGUUUUUAGACUUCUGUUUCAGUUUUUAUUGUGAAUAACGCAGAGCAUUGAUACCUUUGUUUUGAUAAAUUCUGUACUUAAUCAGAAAUAAAAGAAAACUUCUCUCA